AUGACGCUCUACUACACCCUCGUGUUUAUUCUGCUCGUCUUCGAGAUGCAGCUGUUCAUGCUCCUGAUCGUGCCGCUGCCCUUCAACGCCAAGCGCAAGAUCUUCACCUUCAUCUCCGAGAAUCCAAUUGUCGCCAAGAUACAGUAUUGGAUGAAGAUUACAUUCAUCUUCAUUCUCAUUCUCUUCAUUGACAGCGUAAACCGUGUUUACCGCGUCCAGCUUGAGCUCGCGGCUGCCACCGAACAGGCCAAGAAGGGAGGUCCCGGUGUCAUGGGCCACGAGCGUCUCGAAGUCCAGGCUCGCAAGUUCUACUCCCAGCGCAACAUGUACCUCUGUGGCUUCACCCUCUUCCUCUCCCUCAUCCUGAACCGCACCUACGUCAUGAUCAUCGAUGUCUUGCGCCUUGAGGAUAAGAUUCGCGAUUACGAGAGCACCAACAAGGACGCUAAGGAUAGCGAGCAGGUCGCUGCCCUUAAGAAGGAGCUCGAGCUCAAGGACUUGGACCUUCAGACUCUCAAGAAGCAGAGCCAGCAGCUCCACAAGAGCUAUGACGAGCUUAGUGACAAGUACUCUGCCACCCAAGAGGAUGGUGAGGGUAAGAAGGCCAAAUGA